AUGAUAUUUGAAGUUUCAUUCUAUGAAAUGCAUUCUCCACACAUCUCUAAACUAAAAUUAGAAAAAACAUUCCACUUAUAAAUAAAUACAUAAGUUUAUAUCCUGGUAGAUCUUUCAAGAAUAUAUUCAAUACAAAUUAGCCCAAGUGGACUCACUUUAAUUAGCUUAUAUGCAAGGAAGGCAGCGGUGGAUAGCAUAGAAUAACUUGCUUAUGUCAAUGAUGCGGUAUUUAGAACUAAAUAGAAAAUUGCCCUUUAAUUGUUCCAUAUAUUGAAAAAAUCGUUAGACAUAUAUAAUUUUAUGUAAAACAAUUAGAAAUUUAUAUAGAAAGAGUGAUCACAAAAAAUAAACAAAGAAUUAGAAGUGAUGGGCAUUAAGAGAGUAAAGGAAUUCAGAUAUUUUAGAAUUUGGAUAGAUAUAAAUGGUAGCUGAUCGCUGCAUCACAAAAAGACCAAAUCAUGAUUUGCAAGACAAGCAGGAAGAAGUAGAGGUAUUCAACAAUUCUAUCAAUGAAACAUCAAGUAAAACUGUGGAAAUUUACAUUAAACCAUAUUUUGAUUAUCUCAAUAACUCGAUUUGUUUGAAAGACAGAGACAGAUAUGCAUAAAAAAUGGCAAAACCUCCUAAAAACACUAAAGGGUCUGUGAUAUGGUAAUUGCUACCCCUUUCGUAAAAACUCAAUUUGGUAAACUGGAAUUUAAUCCAAAAUGUGAAUUGA